GUGAGUGUUGUGGAGACAGACACUCGGAGAUGUAACAGGUGUUCAGCAGCUGCCGUUCACAAACACAGAGACGCUGUUCUGUUCGAUUCGGAGCUGCUAUUAUUUUCCGAUACUACAGCCGAUGAUCAAUAAUAACCGGAAUAACCGCUAAAAGAUUGAUCCCCUCCACCUCUGAUCCUGAUCCACCUCCUCCAGUUCCUCUCCACCUGUCUGCUCCGGGCUGCUCCAUGCAGGGGAGCGGCUGAUCUAUGGGCCGCUCUCCGGUGAGCCUGUCCAGACUGAAGCUGGGGAAGCUAAAGGUGGUGCGGCGGCAGCUGCUGCAGCGCUAUGAGCACCAGCCGUUUGUCUCCUGUCUGGCUGGCCUGUACGGCUGCCAGUGGAGACGCUACCAGCGUGCCAAAGCCCAGCCGGGGGAAUGCUGCUGUAGUCGGUUGGAGUGUGGUAGUUUCGCUCUCCUCAUCGUAACGUUUUUCCUGACCUUGAUAUUCCUGUACUUUUGGAGUGAGGCGCAGAAUGACUACAAUGACUUUGACUGGUUUAACUUCGGGAACCUGGGAUUCUGGUUUCCGUGGUCAGUGGUGUUGCUGGUGGUCGCUGCCACCCUCUUCACCUACAUCGCCCUCCUGCUGGUUCUAGCGGUGUGCCUUCUCUCUGAAGGACAGAGACUUUACCUCCACUGGAGCCACAAGAUUGGUAUCCUGGUGACUCUGACCUUCUCUAUCAGUGCCACAGCUGUGCUCUCUGACUUAUGGAGCAAAGAAUGGACGACGCUGCUCCUUUCUUUUCAGGUCACAGCACCCUUUCUUCACCUGGGCGGAGUUUCACUGAUGACACUUCUGUCCUGGCCAAUAGCCUUACACUUCUUUCGCAUGAACAAAAGAGUGAGGCAGGUGGCUAUCCUCAGCUUGUACUUGGCGGUUCUCUUCACUCUGUAUCUGGUGCCGUUGGGCAUGUAUUCCCCCUGCAUCAAAGAGGAGGGCACGCUGGGGCCAGCGCCCACCCUCAUCGGGCAUAGAGGAGCACCCAUGCUUGCACCAGAAAAUACCCAGAUGUCCUUUGAGAAGGCUGUAGAAGCAGGAGGAGAGGGACUGGAGACAGACGUCACAAUCAGUUAUGAUGGCAUCCCGUUCCUGAUGCAUGACAGCACCCUGAGGAGGACAACCAACGUACAUGAAGUGUUUCCCAACCGGACGGACGUCCCGGCAGCCAUGUUCACCUGGGCAGAGCUGGAGAUGCUCAGCGCUGGAUCCUGGUUUCUUCGGAGGGAUCCAUUCGGUACAGCCUCCUCUCUUGAUCUAAAUGAAAGGGAUCAGGUCCAGAACCAGACGGUACCAACACUGAAAGAGUUCCUGAAUCUGGCCGCUCAGCAUGAGAGACUGGUGAUCUUUGACCUCAGACGUCCGCCCCGAGGCCACCCAUACAGGGACACGUGGAUCACUCGCACCCUAGAGGUCAUACACAACGAGUCCUUCAUUAACUCCAGCCAGGUGAUGUGGCUGCCGGCAGAUCAGAGGAGUCUGGUACAGGAGCUGGAUCCCGAGCUGCAGCAGACGUCUGGAGAUCAUGCGUCUAUAGAGGAGCUGCAGGAGGAACAUAUAGUCCGACUCAACCUCCAUUACAGCUACAUGUCACAGGAACAGAUCAGAAAGUACGCCUCUGUGAACAUCAGCACUAACCUGUAUGUGAUCAGUCAGCCGUGGUUAUAUUCCCUGGCAUGGUGCGCUGGCGUUCAUUCGGUUACUACAAACGCCCUGCACAUCCUCAAGAAACUGCAGCGCCCCCUGUUCCUCAUGACUCCAGACGAAUACGGUUUGAUGUGGAUCCUGACAGAUAUUGUCUCUGCUUUCUUCAUCACAGCUAUUUUCAUAUUCCACUGGUGGCGUGAGCGAGGUUUGCCUUUCUGGUCUGGUAGUAGACAGGUGAAUGAGAAUGGACCGUACAGCAAGUUCAGGACUGAGCUGAGCGACGUCUGGUCCAUCUCCAGCAUCAGCGUUCGUGGAGAGGCUCAGAGCUCGCCAGUCCCUACGAACCUCCCCACCAUUUCAGAGGAGCCACCCAUCUGAAAAGGACAAAAGAGAGAUCUGUGGAAGGUAUAAAGACUGUAGACCACCUAGAGCUCCGGCGCCGUCAGCAUCAUCGCACUCCAUUUGCAUCUGAGCUUCAAACUGAUGCAGACAUGAAUCAGAGCCUGUGAAGCGCUCCAUGCUUCAAAUCAACUGGGAAAGAUUUCUUUUUUUAAAGAUGGUUUUCAUAUACUAAUCUUGACUAGGGUCAAGCUUGGAGACAAAACAAUUUAUGUAUUUUGAACACAGUUAAAUUAACCUCCAUUAUUCCCCAAACAGGUAAUAUGAAGACAAAUAAGAAAUGAAUACCUAUUUUGGAUCUGAGGAAGAAUGUGUUUCAGUUAAAUGGUGAUUCUCACGAAAAUGCGUUUCACCCUAAAAUCAAGUUAUUCAAAAUUACAUUGUCAUGACAGUUCAGCACGUUUCCCCCCAAAUUCUCAUUUGUCAAGACAUUUGACUUUUUGUAAUCUCCUCCAUUAUUCUGGGAAAACAAAAGUAUGGCAAAAUAAAUUAAAUUAAAGCUGCAGUCCAUAACUUUUUUUUGGGUUAAAAAUUAUCCAAAAUCAAUUUUUGAGCAAGUACAUAACCAGCAGGUGUUCAAAACUAUCUCCUUACCUUAGCCCGAUUCACAACGGUAAGCUUGUAAUAAUGUUUUCUAGUAAGAGCGGUACUGGUAGGUUUACACGGGAAAUUCAAGCAUGCCGCCAUUCGUCUUUGCGUCAUUACGUCACGUCUGUUUACAUAAAGAAGGAGUCCCAGCUAGUAGGCUAUAUCAUGUCAGAUUGCUCCAGCUAGCGGAUCAUUUAUAGCCUUUUCUCACAGCAGCUGGAAUAAUUAAACUUAUCAUUUUGAUGGCGGAUUGUUUUGAAAAAUUAACAUUAGAAAUUAGACUGUACAGAAAUUGAAAUCUACAGGUAACACCAAUACACACUAAAUACCAACAGUCACGCAAUGCUGAUGUUGUUAACAUUAACAAUUUGAGAACAAAGUUUAAUAAUAAUUUGCACGGUUUGAUGUGAUAUGAGCUAUCGUUAGAUUUAAUCACCAUUGGCAGCAUGAUUUAUUGUAAUGCUUUUUUUCUCAGUUGGUCAGAACAAAAGUGGCAGAUUUGUUACUUGUUCAGAUGACAUUUUCCGGUGAAAAUUCUUAUUUUGAUCAUACUUCCAAGAAGUAGAAUCUGUGAUUCAGAAGUACAGUAUCCACACCGAUGUGGUGACUGACAGAAAACAUUAGAUUCAUCUGCGCUGAGGAGCCGUGCCGAUGCACAACCCACGUAAAGAUGAUAAUUCCACAAAUAACUGCAAUUGCAGGUUUCAAACAGAGAUGGCGACAAAGAGGCAAAACUUACAGACUGCAGCUUUAAAAUUCAAUUUUAAAACAUUCCCACUUAAGGCAACUUAAAUGCAAUUUUUGCAUUAAUAAAAUUAAAUGUGCUCAAAACCUACACACACACACACACACACACACACACACACACAGAUAUAUAUAUAUAUAAUCUCAGUACCCUCAGUCAUUUCUUAUUCUGGGGUUAAUACUUUGGCAGUACCAUGAAAUUCAUGUACCAUGGUGUUUACAUGGUACCCAGAGGCAAUUCAUAGAAAACAUGUUAUAUGUUAGUGAUAUUUUGUUAAAAAAUAUCAAAUGUAUUUGACCAAUUAUUUUCUGAAUUGGUGGCGUAAGAUGAAUCGAUCAUCCAGCUUCUUUUGCUUCUGUGAAGUUCGUUUUUAUCAAAGACAGAAUUUGCCUAUUUUAGACCCAAAUGCAAAUAGCUUGAUUACUGUAGGAUGACGCAUGGUAAUAUUGCAAAGAGUGUUUAAGAUGUCAGAUCCAUUGCAUGGUGUGACAAAUUUGACAAACAUUUACUAUCAGGAAGACAAUAAAAAUCCAAACAGACAAUCUGAAUUUUAAAGAUUUAGCUAUUGAACUUUUGACAGUGGAAUUGCUGAAGUGAAAUCGCAAGAAACUUCUUGAAAUGUACAUAGUUAUACAGUAGUGCUCGAUUUAAUCAGCCUCUGAUAACUUAAAAAAUGUCUUUAUUUGGAAGUGAACAUACGUGAGCUCCUCAUCGUACCGCAGACAUGCAGCAUUAACAGCCGUUUGCAUGUUAAAACAGCGAGUGCUGGAUUGCAUAUGUUUUCUUUUCAUGGUUAUGCUGAAACAUUCCUGCCUGUAUAAAAUGCAAUGCCUAGCGUGAUUUCUAUUUACUUAAUCUUUUAAUGUAACUUAUGACUGUAAAUAUGAUUGUAAACUGACCUUAAAUGAUAUUCUGAUCUGAUAUCAGAUUUUUUUGUUGUCUCCUUUUGUUACUCUAUCAUCAGCACUAAUAGCCUAAAUAAAAAUAUUUUUAGCAGACUCAA